AUGGAUGAGUUUAGUAAGCUAUCUAUAGUUGAUAAUGGGUCAGUAGUGCGUGAGGAGGAUUUGGAUGCGAUAUUAGAAUUAAAGAUAGCCGACAAUGGUGCUGAUCCUCUCGACGGCAAGAAGCGACAGAUCAGUCAAAAACUAAUCGAGAAACUGAUGCCACAUGUACCGUCAAGUCCGUCACCACUGCGACAAUCCGUCUUCAUAGAUGACUCAUAUGAUGAGAUGGAGGUCGACUCAUUUGAAGAAGAGGGAGACUUACAAAAGCAGGCGUUAGACGAUGAUCUAUUAGUGGAAUCUGAUUGUGAUGAGAACAACCCCAAGACCUCCACUACGAAUAGUAGGACUGUCAUAAAAGCGCUUCUUUCACCAACCAGUCUUGGCGUCGCUGCUGCGACGAAACUGGACGCACUUCCGGAUCCUACUAGUGUCAGCGGAGGUCCUAGCGUCGCAAAUUCCAGUAUAUCUGAACCGCAGCCUCACCAUACAGCAGAAAAAGUGGCAUCUACGGGAUUUGAUUUAUCACCCCAAAGUCUCGACGAACUGCGACAACGAGCACAGCACCAGCCAAUACAAAUUUCGAUAAACAAUAAUCAUUUCUACUAUCCUCCUACAGAACUGCACCAAUCUGAAAGUAGGAACCAUUCAUUUGCCCAAAACGAUUAUUAUCAACUUCCAAAUCCGUGGUCUUCCAAUUCAAGACCUGCUUCUCGCGGCACAUACAACCUUGCCUCGUAUUUGCAAAUAUUUCUCAAUGGAAUGACGGUGUUAGUGUUGUUUUCAUUUGUUCUGAUAUUUAUGAGGUCUCUCAAAACAGACAUAAGAUCGGCCUGGCAGUAUGCAAAGCUUGAAUUGGACCAAGAAUCGGCUCGCUGCCAGGUGCAAUACACUUUAAAUCAUUGUGACCGCAGUACAAGGGUGGAAGCGAUGGAAACGCAAUGUGACCUGUGGGAGAGCUGCAUGGCCCGUAAUAAUGAUUUAUUUUUUCGAGCUAGAACGGCAAUAAGUGCCAAGUUAAUCGGCGAUGUCGUCAAUGCCUUCGUUGAACCGCUUGGCUGGAAAACCCUAGGCGUCAUUCUGUCCGGAUUGGCUAUUUGGUGUUUCAGCUCAAAUUUCAUUCUUGGUUUUGCACGAGCCAAGAGCUACUACGGAGAUCAUCUUUCGCACAGUUUGAUGCGCCGUGACCAACUGAACGAUAAAGCUGGCAUAAAUAGGCCUCAUCGCUCCGACGAAGACCUAUUAGAAUAA